AUGGAUGUUGGCGUUCGGUACGGUGACCCGGACUCGGCCACCGAACAAGGAGGCGGAACCAGCGCCAGCGGCGGACAGACAGCAAGCAACCAGGGCCAUCACCGCGAGGGCGCUUCUGUCUCCGAAACAUCACCGUCGGCUCGCCCACUCGAGGAGGACGUCUUCCAGCACGGCCCUGGCGACCCCCAUGACACCACUGCGAUUCGAGCUGCCUACGAAAAACCGUACUCGUUCUCGGCCGGCGCAAUACCUACGGAAGUUAGCACCCGUGAAAAGAAGCGCUCAUCUACCAAGAAUCAGAGCGCCCAUGUCGAAGCUUAUUACGACGCUGAUGGCUACGGAAGCGGAGGACCUCAGGAGUCUCUUCCUCGUCCGUAUCCUCCUCAGUCCAAGAGCUACGGUCACGCGCCCAAGGAGAUAUCGAGGUCCAUGGGAACGACCACGCUUCCCAGAGAGGAUCCGAUCGGUUACGCGAUGGAAACCGCUAUGGCCAAGGGUGACACCGGACGACAGAUCCGCAGAGACUACAGGGGCAGUUCUAUGGCACACGGCAUGAGCCGCAGUCUUCCAAAGCAGUCUUUUUUUCUGAUGGAGGAUCAAGAGGGACUUCAAUACCCAUCUCGAAGUGCCAUCUGUCUGCAGGAGAUGCCCCUUCAGCAGGUGGAUGCCUACUACAGCCCGCAGCUGUACAGAAAGGGCGACUACUUCGCCAAGCUGUCAAGCUCUUCAUCGUUCAAACCGAAACGGCACGACAAUAAGUACUAUGAGCAGUUUGUAGGAGAGCCUGCCAUGCUUCAUCAGCAACAACAGCAGCAGCUUGCGUAUGAUGAGGCCGAGUACCGCAAGCAGUGGACAUCCGCCGCUACCGGUUAUCCGGGAAACCAGCGCUGGGCGUACGACCUACCCUACCAGGGCCAGCAGUACGCUGUGCACGUUGUCCAGGAGACUGGCCACAACGACGUCUUUCGUGAGGGCGGUGAUACCGGCAUUGUCAAGUCCUCUGGUGACUCAAGCUCCAAGUUUGCGGCGGCCGCGACCCAAGAAGACGCCUCUGGCAUGUACGUGUACGUCCGAGACGCUCAGACCGGUACGGACACCCCGCUACCAUCGUCGGUAAUCGGGGGAUCACCUCCAAUUCCCGCACCUGUCAGGUUACCCGAGGUCACUAAACAAGCUUCAGGGAGUUCGUCCUCGUCUUCAACGAGCUCGGAGGAACAAUCCAGCUCGGAAUCGUCUUCAUCGUCCGCGUCCUUGAACGAGGCAGAGGGUGGCGAGCCUGCUGCCGCGCUCUUGCCAACGGCUGAGUAUCCGCCGAUACACCAGAAGCCUGUUCAGGAAGUCAUCCAGCAGCAGCCGAUUCAGCAGUCAAUGCAGCAGCCAUUGCAACAACCAAUUCAUCAGCCAGUGCAGGAGCCAAUGCAGCAUCCGAUCCAGCAGCAUAUGCAGCAACCAACACAACACCUGGCUCAGCAUCCAAUGCAUCAAAUGAUUCAGCACCAGCCAACCGCGCAGGAGUAUGCUGCUUACCAGGAGGCUUACCAACAGUUUCUCCAUCGACAGCGUCAACAGCAGGCUUACCAGCAAGCUUAUUCACAAGCUCAGCAAAUGCCAAUUCAGCACGGACAGUCCAGUCAGUCCCUUGGUCAGGAAAAGAAGAAGGUGUACUUCGCUUGUAGCCCAGAGGCGGCUACCGAGGUUUGCAUCCGGACGCCCGCCGAAGGGGCAAGUCUCCGUUCUUUUCAAUCGCGCUCCAGCGCUGACGUUGCUAGCGUUGAGAAUGCCGGUGAGGAGAGCAGGAGCCUUGUAUCGAGCAACACUAACAUGGUCACGCCGCUGCUGAGACCAUUGCUGCCGCGCAAAGCCCUUCCGCCAGGUAAGGACAAAAUGGAAAACCUCUGUCUGGCCCUCAACGUCAUCUUAUUCAGCGUGCUCGCCGGAGUGGUGGCGGCCUUCAUUGUGCAGCAAGUUUCUCACGCCAUCUGA